AUGGCUCCUGGCACACCAAAGGAAAUAAUGCUUCAGAGCUUAGCCCAUUUACUGCAAGAGUCUGGAGACUUGAUUCUGGAUGGUACUAGCACCUUGACCUUAUUCACCUCCACACUGCAGAUUCUCACACAGAUCUUUGAGCAGCACCUAUUACCACGAAACCAGAACCAUGGCUUCAUUGCACUCUCGUCACACCCUGCUGAAACAUCUGCCAUCCUUCAAGCCCAGUUUCUCUUUGAUGUCUUGCAAAAGACACUCUCUCUGAAGCUUGUUCAUGUUCCUGAUUAUGCCCUGCCAAUUGAUGUGAAGAUUUUCCCCUUCAAGUCUUUGCGACGUUUAGAGCUGAAGUGUGUUCCUUUGCACUAUCUGCGGGGCCUGCGGUGUGUCUAUUCUCAGUUGGAGGCUUUAACCUGUUCCAAAUGUGUGAACUCUCUGAAGGAGAUCAUCUCUGCAUGUGGAGGGGACCUCAGUUCUGCCCUUCCAUGGCUAGAACUACAGACUGUCAACUUCAGCUAUAACUCCAUUGCAGGCUUGGAUGAUUCACUGCAAUUGUUGAAUGCCUUGAAAGCUCUGGAUCUCAGUCAUAAUCUCAUCCAGGACUGUGAGCGCUACCUGACAGUGCUGACAGAGCUGGAAUAUUUAAAUGUGGCUUAUAACCUCUUGCCCAAGAUGCCUGAACUUGGGCUACACAGCCAGGCUAAACUGGUGACCUUGAUCCUGCGGUACAACCAGCUUGAUAGCAUUAAUGGUGUGGAAAAGCUUCCCAGCCUUCAGCAUUUGGACAUUGCCUAUAACCUGCUGCUGGAACACACUGCGUUGGCACCACUGUCAUUGCUGCACAACCUGAGAAGACUACACCUGGAGGGGAAUCCUUUAGGGUUCCAUCAGAACCACCGGCCUGCUACCAUAAGUCACUUGUCUCCUAGAGCUAUCUCCAGCAAUUUCCUUCUUGAUGAAGAGCCAUUGUCUGCUUUUGACCUGAGGCACCUCUCAAAGCUGGAUCAGGCUGCUGUCCAAUCACUCUGCACCUCAGUCUCAGAGAGGGCCCCGACAGACCGCAGUGCCCUGGAAAGUUCAUGUGCUGCAGACCAAAGUGACAGCCAGUCCCCUGCAGAGAGCAGACCACCUCUAUUACCCCCUCGGAAGAGAAAUAAGGGGCAAGUGAAAGUGCGCAGGGCCAGCAUUUCAGAGCCCAGCGAUACUGAACAUGAGUACAGAAGCCUGCCCGUCUCGGCAGGUAUAGUUCGGCAGCACCAGGCAGAGAUGGAGCGCAUGGACAGUUUCCGGGAUCGCUUUGGUACCCGCUGGCUCCAGUACAGGCGACACCUGGAAGCAGAUGGACAGGCAGCAACCAUCACCCCUUCUGGCAGCCCCACAGUAGAAUAUCUGGGCAGCUCAGGCGAGGCUUCCCAACAAAGCAAGAACACCGUGGAGGAGCAAAAGGUUCCUGAGGCCACAGAGGAAAAGGAACUGGAGCCGCCUAUGCCUGAAAUCCUAGCAGAAGCCCCCGAGGCAGUAGUGGAAACUGAGAAGAUGCCAGUUAAAGAAGAUAAACGCCAGGAAGAAAAGCCAGAAGUGGAGCUUUAUCAGCCUGUGCUGGUAAGCCAGAUAGAAGAUGGUUGUGACCCAGAACCAGACUGGAUCUUUUUGCGGAUCACUUCCCGACACAUAAUGGAGGUGGAGCUAAGAAAAGGCAAGGUUUUGCGCAAGCUGGAGCUGAAAAGCCUUCGGAAAAUAGAAACCUCAGAGAUGCAGUGGAGAAGGAUGGACCUGGAGCGGGUGUUUCCUGUUCUCACACUGCACUUCAGCUACAUCCGCAAGGACCGCCGGAAGCGCCAAUACGUAGUGUUGGAUGACCACCCUGAGCGGUGUGUUCAGGACUUGCUCCGGCUGCUGGGACCCACCCUGGAGGAAAACCAGAAGAAGGCUGAGGGAAGUUCAAAGCUCCAGUGUCUAAAAUGCAAACAGGAAUUUGUUGGAUUCUUGUCACUUGGACAACAGAAUCCAGGCUUCACUAUAGACGCUUCAGCUUUCUCUGAACAAGGUGCCACUACUCUCAGUGAGCCCACCAUCUGCCCCAGCUGCUCCAGCGACCAUGUGGUCAUCUUGCCCUGCGAGGGGCGUUCCAGCACUCCAUUGCUUCCUGGGGAAAGCCAGCAGGAGGCCGAGUCGGGAAAGUUCUACACUGGCGAAGAGACUACCUCUGAAACGGGAACCGGCUCCAGUCCCCGGAUCCAAGAGCUAAGCAGUGACCAAGGCAGCGCUGCCCAUUCUAGCUCCCGCAGUUCGGAAGGGGCAGACGGCAGUGGCAGCAAGAGUGGCUUGAGCUCCAGGGGCCGCUACUCCUUCCUCAGCCAAACGGAUACCAAUGGCGGGGGCCUGUUGGGGAGCUAUCAGUAUGGCCCUUCCCGUGGGCCCACCCCUCCCCAGCUCUCCCUGAGCAUGGAGCAGGAGGAACACUGGAAUCUGAGUCCCCCCACCCACAGUACUAUGGACAUGCAGGACUUCUCCUCUGUGGAUCAUCGGCUCAAGCUUUAUUUGGACAUGGAGGUCUUUGACAGGGCAGAGGAGUUCAAGUGCUUUCUGAAGGUGGCUGUUGUGAAGAAUGGCCGACCUGGGGAAUUCUUGGCCCUCCUGGUGGCUUCAGACACCCACUUCCACGUGCUGGAGAUUACAAGACGGAUUAGGGGACAGCCGUCUGCUUGGCUGAAGAAGGGGGACAGUCACUGCCUGUCUGACCUGUCUUGCCUGGAGGUGGGGCUGUGCCAUCAAAGCUUGCAUAUGGAGUUUGCGAAUCCCUGCACCUCCUAUAACCUGCUGCUUCGCAACCAGAGUCACUGCAGAAGAUUUCUCCAGUGCCUGACAUAUCUCAAAGAGGAAUUGCCGGCCAAAAUCAGGAGGAAAAUCCCAGACGUUACUGUGGAGGAAAUGAAUCCGCAGCAUCCAUUGUGGCCAUUGAUUGAAAAGGACCUAGCAAAAGAAGCUGCACGUGGCUUGGCCAGACCCUUCUUCUACCUGUUGGCAUACCUCAUUCAAGGGGCUUCUGCCUUUCCUGUGACUGUGCUCAGCACCCAUAAACAUAUCUUCCUGGUGGAAGAAGAUCACCAGUGGCAAAACAUCCCACCCUCUGCUGCCUCAGACACUGGCGCUGAGAAGCAGGCAAAGAAGUGCUCCCGGCUGAAAGGGAGUGAACCAAUCAGCAGCAUCUGUGGUGUUAUACUUUACCGUUUCUCCCCUUGUGACAUGAAGCUGCAACUUUACGAUGAGGUCCUGAAGGUGGAGAGCACUUGGCAUUUGCGAACAGAAUGUCCAGACUUGCUGGCUGAUCUGGUAGAAUGGCUGCGUGUGCCCUGGGAAGAGAUGUUCUCCAUUGCUCUCCAGAAGACUGUUCUUGAGGUGUUGGACUGAACCAAAGAAGCUCUGACUAAUAUGUUUCUGUCCCUGUUGGAUUGGAAGGACAAAUUCUUUUUUGAGCCACUUCCUAGAAUGUGGUGCAUGACACCAUUUUGAACUUCGCGGCUGUUGCAAAUCGCAGCGGCAUCUGGGAACUGUAACCGGAAAGCUUGCAUCUGUCUUCUGUUUUGACAGUACAGAAUCCUGGCCAUUUGCAAGACCUCUUGGUGGCUGUGUAGGUCACUUCCUGCAGGGCCAAGAGGUGAGCCAGCCGCAGUCUGACCACAUAUUACUUCCUGUUAGACUGGAAGAAGCUUCAGGGUGGCCCCAAAGCCAGGACUAAGCUUUCCACAGCAGUUCCAUGUGCACUCGUCACUUUCUCUUGGGUAGCAGCUACUGAAGAUCCUAACUCUCCUGGAUUCUACACAAAACUGGACUGUUCUGAUCCAGGUAGCGGCCUGGCACUCUCACUGCGGAUCUUGGGAAAUUGUCUGACUUUCUUUGCUUAGCUGUGUAGGCCUCACUUUCCAGACUGGCCAGGUGCAUAUGCUGCAAAUCUGUCCCUGUGCUGGUUGAACAUUCCUAAGGGUUGCCUUAGCUAUGGGCACAAGGAUAUGAGAACUCUCUCCUACACUUUGUGGAUGUGGAGAUAUUUGGGCACUCAGGGUAUGACACACUGGAAGCUACUGUCUUCCCUGGGACAAUUUUAACUGUGAAACUUUUAUUUUUUGGUGUUUAAUAAUAAAAUGAUUUUUAACUUCU